AUGACAUGUUUACUACUUUCAGUUGCACGUUGUUCUGACGAGAAAAAGCGACAACAUGUUAUGUCACUACUCGCUACUAUAUUUACAGAAGGAAAAUUACAAGAAAUUUUACUACACAGUAUCCAUUUAGACGAAGUCGUUUUAGAUCUUAUCAGAAAAGCACAUGCUGCAAGGAAAGAUCCAUCAUCAUUGAUGAAUUCAUCGCAAAGUGAUUUUGAUAUUGCAUUAAAUACGCCAAUCAUUCCAUUAAAGCAGUUGCCUUCUUAUUUAAUCGCCUUAAUGAAAGCAUCCAUCGAUCAUAGCCAAUUCUCAACGAAGAAUUUUGAAGAUAAAAUCAUAAUUCACAUAGGCAAAAGCUUACGACAUGCAUCGAAGUUGUGCAGUUAUGAACAGGAACUGGUACAGAUGAAAGAAGUAUUGCAGAAGUAUGGCUGGUUAAAUGAAUUUGAUGGCUUCACUGUUCCCUUGACCCAAGAGGGAUUUCAAGCCUUAUUCUUAGCAAUGAAUGAUAUAUUCUACAAAAAAGACGACAGAGAAUCCGAACUACCUUUUGAAAUACCAGAUCUACCGACAAUCAACACGACAACAACACAAGAAACUGAUACUUCCCCUGCAUCUCAAUCUGAUAUCUCUACUAACAUUUCCCAAAAAGAUAAUCGUAUACUGUACACCUACAAUGAUUGGCUUGUUGAUAGACCACUACCAACACCAAUCCAGUUUGUCCAACGAUUAAUUGAUAUUCUGCGGCAUCGACUCGAUAUUGAAUCUGUGCUACUAUCGAAUUGUUGUGACAUAAGUACCUCAAACUCAUUGUCAACAGCUAAAAUGUGGGCAAAUCGUCGCAGUCACAUGAAUUCAGUGUUAUUGAAAGAAAGGAUCUCAACUUCUCUACAUUCAACACCGUCAUCAUUCAAAACUGUUUAUGAUAUAUUGAUUUAUCUAUUGCAUCAUUCAGACCUAUUAAGUCAAAUAGAAUUAUUUCGUCUUCUUAUGGAGCGUCGGGUAGCAUUACCACUUUUGACACCUACUAAUCAUGAUUAUUGUCUAUAUAAGUAUCAUAUUAAUCCAUUGAUGUUCAUCACUACAAAGUUAAUUGGAGAACGAGAGUUCAAUUUAAGUGCUGAUAUUUCUCUUUAUCGCAUUGCAAUCAUAUCGAUGAGACCAGUUAAAGAACAAGAAAGUAUCCAAUGGAUGCAACACGCAUUUUCUUGUCAAUCACUAUCGUCCUCUGACGUAGUGUGUAUACCUCUUGAUCGAUGUAUUGCCGAAAUCGGUAUUGGAUUUGUACCUGAUUCAACUAUAGAAAAUAAAGUGGACAACUACUAUCUAAAAUACGAAGAAAUGCUAGUAUUAAAUGUGAUAGGCAAUUAUUCUUCCAUUUGGCCUUACAUCUCUAAUUUUGCUGAUCUAUUAUUGGUGGAAGAAUUACCCACAGAAAAAGUAAGUUUUUCUCCACCAGGUCCGUUACCAGAUCAUGUCAAUAUAAUAACAUGGAAAACUGCAAACAGUAUGUCCGAACCAAUUAUUACUGAAAACAAUUAUUUCCAUCUAUCAGGCAGCAUUCUUCAAGUAGUUAAGCAUAUUCAUGAAGCAAUUAUCCACAGUUUGAAAAAUGAUGAUUUCCUGCAAUAUCAACAAAGUCACUUGCGUUUAAGUCAAAUGCAUUAUCGAGAGCUUUAUGCGAAACGAUCAAUUAAAUCACUAGAUAUCGAAUCCACAGUUUGCCAACAGAAUUUUUUCAAAUUACGUUCUGACGAACUCAGAUUGCAAAAACAAUUUGUUGAAGAAGCAGAGUAUUGUCGAAGACAGAGAGAAGAUAAAAGUUUGAUCGCUACACAGGAAACACUUCAACGUGCAAUCAAUAAUUGUAGACAAGAACGUAAAAAACUUGCUCAAUCGAUUGAGUCUCAUCCAUUAAUCAAAUGUUUUCUCGGUAUUCUAUCGCAUCCUCAAGCAUAUCAACGCGCCUUAAAUACAAUUGAGUUUGCUCAGCUAAUCGACAGAUAUUCCAGAACAGCUUUGCAGGACAUUAUUGAAAGAAAGAAUCGCGCAUUGGACAAUUACAAUCCAGAUAACCCAAACUCUACGGCCACGCAAACAUAUUUUCAAGCCAAGCGUCUAUAUGUUGACAGUAUCAUCGGUCUAGAACAUUUGUGGCGAGAAAUUUCUCAUCUCUAUACAGCAAAUCCUACGCGUUACAAGGAAUAUCCAGCAUUGGCAGCUAAACACUUGAUUGAUGGUUUUCCUUUAGAAAUUCUUGACGGAGAUGCAGCUAUGUUAAACCAAACUUGGAUUCAGGCCGUGUUUCAAGAACUCGAAAAUCAGCUCAAGUGCUCGAUGAAAGGCUCAAUUCAAAGACCCAAUGAUGUUCGAGUUUUUGUAUUAAGUAUUUUAGGAGAACAAAGUAGUGGUAAGUCAACACUAUUAAAUUGGAUGUAUGGUACUCGAUUACGUGCAAGUGCUGGCAUGACUACGAAAGGUGUUCAUAUACAACUGUUAAAAGCUGAAAAUCGUGAAGAAUACGAUUAUGUUUUAGUUUUAGACACAGAAGGAAUUAACGCUCCGGAAUAUAAAGGUUUACCAGAUGCGACAGCAAGAGACAAUCGUCUAGCAACCUUUGCAAUCUUACCAGCCGACGCGACUAUAGUUUUAAUUAACAAUGAAGCUGAUCAAGUUGCUCGCGAUGUAUUAUCAAUAGUUAUGCUAGCCUACUAUCAAAGCGAGUUCGCCAUUCAAACAGCAGGUCGGCUGAAUUCAAAAAUAUUUUUUGUGCAUACGCGUGUUGAUGUAAAUGAUACUGCAAAGCUUAGUGACAAGAUAGAAUUUAUGUUUAUUGAACUUAAAAAUAAUGCGGCUAGCCUACAACGUAGAAGUCAACAAGGAACGAAAACUGACGAUAUGAUAUUUCGAGAUUUUCGCCGAAAAGGAUGCAAUGAUUGUAACGAAAGCGAUGUAAAAUUUCUUGGAAAGAUAAAUUAUGCAAAUCUACCACCGAAAGAUAUUCCAGAUCCAAAUUAUGGGCAAUCAGUGAUUGAGUUGAAAGAAUAUAUCUACAAAAGAGUUGUAAAUGUCAACGAAGAUGAUUCCAAAUGGAAAGCAAAAAUGUUAAGUACAGUGUCAUCAUAUUUCAGUGCUGCUUGGCAAUGUAUACUAAUAACUGAUUUCACUCUGACAUUCAAAAGCUUAAUGAGUCGUCAAUCAUAUGAUGGCCUACAGGUAUAUCUUGGGAAUUCCCGUGCCAAGCUAGCUAUUUGUUAUUCCUCAAAAUACAGUGAAUUUGAAUCGAAAUUACUUGUCGAAUUACGAUCGUACCAAACCAAAACGGAAGACAUUGAACAUGAGACAUGCCAAAACCUUAUCCACCGAUAUCACGAAGAAUUUACCGCAACAGUACAACAAGAUGCAAUCUCAAUCUACAACACAGUGUUGCAAGAUUUGAAAGAGAAAGAUAAGCUUUGGCAGGAAUGGUUUGUUGAAGAGAAAAAAAACUGGGAAACUUUUCACAAUAGCCAAAAAGCUCGUUCAGCAUCACGUAUAGAACAACUAAUAACAGCACGUUUAAUGUAUGAUAAAAAACUGAUCGAUUAUCAACAAAAAAUACGAAUGGCUAUUAGCAAAGCAUUUCACGGCAAAACCAUCGAUGAAAAAAAGGAAUUAUCAGAAGAUACAGUAAGCCAGGAGUCUGAAUUCGAUAAAAUAUACAAUGCUAUACUUCAUGAUUCCAAAACCCGACAACAAAAAGAAUCAGUCGAAACAAGCAUUUAUAACACAUAUAACCGUAACCACCUUGGUAAAGAUUUCGACUUUUCGAAAAAAUUCAACGAAAAAAGACACAAAAGUGGAAAAACAGGUUCAUUGCUCCGUCCUAUAGAUCUACUUUUAUCAUGCUUCAGUAAUACUCUUAGUCAAACAGACGAUGAAGCUCAAUUUUUUCGUGAAUUAGGCGAAGAGCUGAAUGCGCUACUUAUCUCGGUGAGACGUUAUGAAGACGGUGUGACACAAUCAGCGAUUAAUUUGACGGAAAAGCAACUACAGAAUUACCGUUUCGCACGAAUCAAAAUACGUGAACGUGCUCAUCAGUCAGUAUACCAUAUGUUGGUAGAACAUUUAACUCGAAUUCAUAAUGAAUGGGAAAACUCCAAUUCCAUUUCAGUUCGUUUGGAAAAUGCAAAAGAAAACUUACGGAAUUUCUUUCAACACACUAUAAAAGGCGUUGUGGGGGCUGAUCUGCUGCGAAUUGAGCUGAAGUCAAUAUUUAAAACACAUUGGAAAUGUGGAUUUAUCUAUUCUAUAGGAGAUUUAAUUAUUAAUAAUUUGCAAAGCGAAAGUUGGGCGAACAAUAGUCGAGUAUUACUGGCAUAUGCUGAUUUAGAAUUAUUAGAUUUAAUUGAGCAAGGAAAGAUAGAUGUGAUGAUCCAGAAGGCAACCAACGUAUCGACACAUUAUCAAGACAUUAUUCACAAAUUAAUCAGCAAUCGAGUUUCACAGUAUACAGAACAGCGUUGGCCUAGCUAUCGUAAAAUGUUAGUGGACCUUUUACAAUUAGUAGUUUUGAAAACAACAACUUAUCGAAACCCUAUCUGUAAAGAAACCGAAAAUGAUCAAAUAAUUAUUGGGAAAGGAAGAACAAAAUUCUUUUUAAAUGAAUUGUGCAAUAGUUUGAUGUCAAAACAUCUGCCUCAUCUAUUAUUUGAUUCCAUACAAUCACUGAAUAUUGAUGAUUAUGAAAUUUGCGAUGCACAAUCAACUGAAAUUUGGCUGUCAAUUGUAAAUGAUGUUAUAAGUACUUUUCCAAAUGAAAAGGUUAAAUUUACAUUAUCUGAAACGGAAAUGAAAACAAUGAUAGACUAUAUUUGUAAUAGUUUGAUUAAUAAUCAAGAAAAUGAAUCAAUUCGAUUACGAUGCACUGUUCCAUGUCCUAUAUGUAAGCUACCGUGUAAACGCGCUGCUGGUCAUCAUAACUCACCAAACAACGAAAAACGUCGACAUGAUUGUGAUCAUCAACCAACUGGCCUAGGUGGAGAUUAUUGGGAGACUAAUGCUCUAAACAAUUAUAAUGAGUUAUGCUAUGAAGCAUGUGGUGAUGUAGAUAUAAAUCGAAUGAUGUUUACAAAAGAUGGUAAAAGUUAUUUUUAUUCUGAAUUCUCAAAGCAGUACGACUGGAAACAACCUCUUCCAUUAUUAAAUCAUUCGCUCGAUAUUCGAAAAUAUAUCUUUUAUAAUUAUCAAAAACAAUUGGCUGAACUUUAUGGGCGCUUGCCAUGCUCAAAAAUACCAAUAAUAUUCAAUCGUACAUCUGAUCAAUUAGAUCUCUUGAAAGCACAACUAAAACAUAUAAUUGACGCGAACUAA